AUGACGAGUCUGAAGAGAUCGCAGGCGGCCGAUCCGCUGGCCGCCAACAUUUCCAGCAAGGUAUAUGUUCGAUCAACGCGCAGCGGCAAGGUGCAGAAAAUCGUGCGGGAAGUCUACCUCAGGACCGACAUCCCCUGUUCAUCAAAGAUCUGCAGGGCCUGCCUCGAAGGAGCCCCCAGAAAUGCCGCCGGACAAGUCCUGCCUUUUGUCCUUUCGGACAAGCCUGCGGGCACCAGGGCAUUCCCCGAGGGGCAUUACCUGGUCCCCGACACCAACGCGCUGCUGAAUGCCAUGGACCUGUUUGAGCAGAGCUCAUCCUUAUACGACGUCGUCAUUCUGCAGACGGUCCUGGAAGAGCUUCGCAACCGGUCGCUUCCUCUCUACAACCGUCUGAUGGGGCUGACCAGGAGCGAGGACAAGCGCUUCUAUGUCUUCUACAACGACUUCCGCCUGGAGACGUACGUGAACCGCGAGCCAAAUGAAAGCGUCAACGACCGUAACGACCGCGCCAUUCGGCUUGCUGUCAGGUGGUACGGCGAGCAUCUGGCUCGGACGAGAGCAAAAAAAGUCCCGGCCAUCGUGAUGCUUAGCGACGACCAAGACAAUGUGCGCAAGGCCCGCGAACAGGGGCUCAAGGCCUCAUUGCUUGCCGACUACGUGAGAGGCCUCGAGGAUGGCGAAAAGCUGCUCGACAUGGUUGCCGAGUCUCAAAGCCGAGGCGGCGGCUUCAACAAGGCCUCGCAGAUGUUAUACCCCGAAUACUACACUCUGUCAAGGAUGAUGACGGGAGUCAAAGCUGGCUUGAUGCACCAAGGGAUCUUCAACGUGUCUCCCUACAACUACCUAGAAGGCUCCAUCAAGGUCCCUGCGUUCCCCAAACCUCUGCUAGUCCUAGGUCGGGAGAGCAUCAACCGUGCCGUCGAUGGCGAUGUCGUUGUCGUGGAGCUUCUCCCGCAAGACAAAUGGAAAGAGCCCUCGACCAAGAUCAUCGAGGAGGAAACCAUCACGCGCAACGAGAAUGCAGAUGCCGAAGGGCGCGAGGAUUUCGUCUCCGACAAGGAGCGCAAGGCUCUUCAGGAGGAGGUCAAGAGAACGCAAAAGUCUCAGUCAGAAAGUCAGCCACAGCCGACGGCCAAGGUGGUCGGCGUCAUCAAGCGAAACUGGCGCCAGUACGUGGGUCAUAUCGACCCGUCCUCGGCCAGCAAGUCGUCAUCCCAGGGGCGGAGGCAGGACAACGUCUUCCUCGUCCCCAUGGACAAGAAGAUCCCCAAGAUCCGACUCCGAACCCGCCAAGUCUCGGAGCUACUGGGCAAGCGGCUACUCGUCACGAUGGAUGCCUGGGAGCGAGACUCGAGGCACCCGGUGGGGCAUCUGGUGCGAUCGCUCGGCGAGCUCGAGACAAAGGCCGCCGAGACAGAGGCACUGCUGCUCGAGUGGGACGUUCAGUAUCGGCCAUUCCCGAAGACGGUCCUGGACUGUCUCCCCAAGGAGGGGCAUGACUGGCGGGUGCCUGAGAGUAUAGAUGACCCGGGAUGGAGAGAUCGGGAGGAUUUGAGAGGGCUGCUCAUCUGCAGCAUUGAUCCUCCGGGAUGCCAGGACAUCGAUGAUGCGCUCCACGCCCGGAAGCUCCCGAAUGGCAACUUUGAGGUGGGAGUGCACAUUGCCGACGUCUCCAACUUUGUCAAGCCGGCCACGGCCAUGGACAACGAGGCCAGCGUCCGCGGCACCACCGUGUACCUGGUCGAUAAGCGCAUCGACAUGCUCCCGAUGCUUCUCGGCACCGACCUGUGCUCUCUCAAGCCAUAUGUCGAGCGGUUUGCCUUUUCCGUCAUUUGGGAAGUCGACGGCAACGCGAACAUUGUCGGUGCGCGCUUCACCAAGUCCGUCAUCAAGUCCCGUGAGGCUUUCAGCUACCAACAGGCCCAGCUCCGGAUCGACGACAAGUCGCAGCAGGAUGAGCUGACCGAGGGGAUGCGCACGCUCCUGAUGCUGUCCAAGAAUCUCAAGAAGAAGCGCAUGGAGGCGGGCGCGCUGAGCCUGUCGUCGCCCGAGGUCAAGGUGCAGAUGGAAUCGGAGACGUCGGACCCCAUCGACGUCAAGACCAAGGAGCUCCUCGACACCAACUCGCUGGUCGAGGAGUUUAUGCUGCUGGCCAACGUCAGCGUCGCCGCCAAGAUCCACGAGGCCUUUCCGCAGACGGCCAUUCUGCGGCGUCACGCGGCGCCGCCCAAGACCAACUUUGACGAACUCUCGAACCAGCUGCGCGUCAAGAAGGGCCUGGAGCUGCGCAGCGACACGAGCAAGGCGCUCGCCGACUCGCUUGACCGGUGCGUCGAGGCGGGCGAGCCCUUCUUCAACACGCUCGUGCGCAUCAUGGCGACGCGGUGCAUGAUGAGCGCCGAGUACUUUUGCUCGGGCACGCAGGCGUACCCCGAGUUCCGGCACUACGGCCUUGCCUCGGACAUUUACACGCACUUUACGUCGCCCAUCCGGCGCUACGCCGACCUGCUCGUCCACCGGCAGCUCGCGGCCGCCAUUGGCUACGAGGCGGUGCACCCGUCGGUCCGCAGCCGCGGGCGCCUCGAGGCCGUGUGCAAGAACAUCAACGUGCGCCACCGCAACGCCCAGAUGGCCGGCCGCGCCAGCAUCGCCUACUACGUCGGCCAGGCGCUCCGCGGCAAGGCGGCCGCCGACGAGGACGCCUUUGUCAUCAAGGUCUUCAGCAACGGCUUCGUCGCCCUCGUGCCGCGCUUCGGCAUCGAGGGCCUCAUCCGCCUGCGCGACCUGGCCGAGCCCGAACCCGAGAGCGACUUCGACGCCGACUCGUACACGCUCGUGACCCGCGGCAGCCGCGCCGUCCGCGUCGAGCUGUUCCAAAAGGUCAAGGUCAGGGUGCGCGAUGAGAAGGACGACAAGACGGGCAAGAGGGGUGUCAAGAUGGAGUUGAUUAGUGCCUGA